AUGCCCAUAAUAGGAAAGAAGAAGUCCGCAGACAAGAAGAAAGGGGUAAAAAUAAGCAAAGAAGCACGUGCGCAAGCCGCUGAAAAAUUCAACAUUCUUCAGCGCAACGAAGAAUUAAAGCGCGAAAUUCAAUACAGCGCUGAAGCUGUCCGACGCCAUGAGAAAAAAUGGCGUGAAAUGCUGCACCGCAUUGCUGUCCCACAACUACGCAAUGAAGUCGAAUAUGCAUGGCACAUUUUUGAGUACAUUAUCGAUUCGAAGGAUUUUACGAUCUCGUUACUGCUCGACGAGUUGACGCAGUCUGAUCAACAAUAUGAACGCAAAGUAAAGGCACAAGUGGACAACAUCGAUCGACUUAUCACGUUAUACAUUGAUCAAAUUAACGAUAUCUGGGAGGAGUCCAGGAAGGUAAUCAUGGCGCUGUACAAGGCUGCUACGUUUGAAAGCAAAGCAGUUUUGGAAAGCGUUAUGGACCAUGAGGACUACCUCAAGACGAUGCUGUAUAGUCAGGAUGAACAACGGAAGGAAAGGACCAAGAUAGAUCGGGGCGCUUAUCUUGCUCAGCUGGAAGUGGAAAAUACAAAAUUGUAUGAUGUUACUUCUAGGUACAUCGGUGAAGUGAAUUUGAUCUGGCAGAAGAUGUGGAAUGAAGCAGAAGCGUUUCACAAGCAAUUCACCGAGGAAUUCCGUCAAAGAAAAGAGCAGUUUUUUGCCCUAGAUGCACAGGAUCAAGAAGUUACCAACGCUAUUAGGAAUUCAUGGCAUAAAAUUGGUAGACAUUACGCUAAAAUUAAGAACCUCAAAGAUCAAUUCGGAGAAUUCGAGACAAAACAAAAUCGAGCAGUUAAGGAUUUAGCGACUGAAGCAAAUUACUACGAGAAACAAUUCAGGUUGCAACAAAAGCUCUACGACGAAGAAAGGGCUUUGGACAAAGAGAAUCUAACAUCUCUGUGCCUUCAAAGUAACGAGAUCAUAAAUACGAUGAAGGAAAUUGAAAAGAAAGGUACAAAAUUGCUGUCAUUCUCUGAUGUUUGCCGAAAAUUGGAAACCAAGGAAGAGAAAAUACUGUCGUUUCCCCUGUACGAAGAUAAAACUAGUAAUAAGAAGAAUUUUAACCACGAGAGUGACCAAGCAUACAAAGAUAUGGAAAUCUUUUGGAAUAGAGUGGCGAGUGUUGAAGUAUGUCGCUAUAAACUCGCAGGAGAGUGCGAUUUUCUUCGGAAAGAAAACCAGAGACUGAAGAAGGAGAUAUCAAAGUAUUGUGGUUGCUUAGACCAGGAACCAAAAGUACACGUUUUGUAUGGAAAGUGUUCACUAUUUGGCAAAUACACCUAA